AUGUCUUCCAUACAAGAAGCAAUCGAUUCGAGCCCGGCUGAUGGCACAGGCGUCCUCAAGCUCGAUCCGUGGCUGGAACCUUUUACAGACGUGCUGAAGCAGCGCUACAGCUUGGUCAAGAAAUGGGCCAAUGCUAUCGACGAGUCAGAGGGGGGACUGGAUAAGUUCAGUAAGGGCUAUGAAUCUUUCGGUCUCAUUGUCCAGUCAAAUGGGGAUAUCUCCUACCGCGAGUGGGCACCCAAUGCUGUGGAAGCAUCGCUGGUCGGUGACUUUAACAACUGGGAUGUCAAUGCCAAUCAGAUGAAGAAGAAUGCCUUUGGUGUAUGGGAAGUGACGGUUCCGGCGCAAAACGGAGCUCCGGCGAUUCCUCAUGAGAGCAAGAUCAAGAUUACCAUGGUGCUCCCUAGCUCUGAGCGCAUCUACCGAAUCCCAGCAUGGAUCAAACGAGUCGUUCAGGAUCUCAACGUCUCCCCCGUCUACGACGCAGUCUUUUGGAACCCGCCCGCCAACGAGCGAUACCAGUUCCAGCACCCGCGACCCAAGAAGCCCGAGAGUCUGCGAAUUUACGAGGCGCACGUCGGUAUCUCGUCUCCUGAGACCAGAGUCGCAACCUACAAGGAGUUUACCAAGAACAUGCUGCCUCGUAUCAAGUAUCUGGGCUACAAUGCCAUCCAACUCAUGGCCAUCAUGGAGCAUGCUUACUAUGCCAGCUUCGGCUAUCAAGUGAACAACUUCUUCGCUGCUAGCAGUCGCUACGGAUCCCCCGAGGACCUGAAGGAGCUCAUUGAUACCGCCCACGGCCUGGGCUUGGUGGUUCUGCUGGACGUGGUGCACAGCCACGCGUCGAAGAACGUGCUUGAUGGUAUUAACGAGUUUGAUGGCUCUGACCAUCUCUACUUCCAUGGAGGCCCGAAGGGUCGUCAUGAAUUGUGGGACAGUCGUUUGUUCAACUACGGUAACCAUGAAGUGCUGCGUUUCUUGCUGAGUAACCUUCGAUUCUGGAUGGAGGAGUACAAGUUUGAUGGCUUCCGCUUUGAUGGUGUCACUAGCAUGCUUUACCUGCACCACGGCAUUGGAACCGGCUUCUCUGGUGGAUACCACGAGUACUUUGGACCCGGUGUCGACGAAGAGGGCGUCACAUACCUGACCCUCGCCAAUGAGAUGCUGCACAAGCUCUACCCAGACUGCAUCACAGUAGCAGAGGAUGUAUCUGGAAUGCCAGCACUGUGCAUCCCCCACGCUCUCGGCGGCCUCGGAUUCGACUACCGUCUCGCUAUGGCCAUCCCAGACAUGUACAUCAAGCUUCUGAAAGAAAAGUCCGACGGCGAUUGGGACAUGGGCAACCUAACCCACACCCUGACCAACCGCCGCCACGGCGAGAAGACCAUUGCUUACGCCGAGAGCCACGACCAAGCACUGGUCGGCGACAAGACCCUAAUGAUGUGGCUCUGCGACAAGGAAAUGUACACUCACAUGUCCGUCCUCACAGAGUUCACCCCAGUGAUCGAGCGCGGCAUGGCCAUGCACAAAAUGAUCCGCCUGAUCACCCAUGGCCUCGGAGGCGAGGGCUACCUCAACUUCGAAGGCAACGAAUUCGGACACCCCGAAUGGCUCGAUUUCCCCCGUGAAGGAAACGGCAACUCCUUCUGGUACGCCCGGCGCCAGCUAAACCUCACCGAAGACAAGCUGCUCCGCUACCACUUCCUGAACGACUUUGAUCGCGCAAUGCAACUCACCGAACAGAAGUACGGCUGGCUGCAUGCGCCCCAGGCGUACAUUAGCCUGAAGCAUGAGGGCGAUAAGGUCGUUGUCUUUGAACGGGCGGGCUUGUUGUGGAUCUUCAAUUUCCAUCCUACUAAUAGCUUCACGGAUUACCGGGUGGGUGUUGAUGUCCCAGGGACCUAUCGGAUUGUCCUCGACUCGGAUGAUCCGGCCUUUGGGGGCUGGGACGCAAUGGGGAACUUCGUGCAGGUUUAUCUGCCGACGAGGACUGCGUUGGUUCUUGCGCUGGAGGAGACUCUGUAA